AUGAUCUUUCAUCGAGAUAGGGCGUUCUCAAAAGCGACGGUCGAAGCCCGUCGCUUCGUCGAUCAAUUCGUUCAGAAGGCUCUGGACUAUCGAGCGGCCUAUGUUGAUGGUAAAGACACUGCCAAGGCUCAGGAGCAGCGAUACGUAUUUAUCUAUGAGCUGUCCAAGCAAACUGCGGACCGGACAGUCUUGACCGAUCAACUCUUGAAUAUCCUGCUGGCUGGGCGAGACACUACGGCGGGUAUUCUGAGCACCGCCUUUUUCAUCUUGGCUAGGCGACCUGAGAUUUGGAACAGGCUGAGAGAUGAAGUGUUGAAGGUCCAGGGAGAAAGGCCAAGCUUUGAAGACUUGAAGUCAAUGACCUAUCUGAGUUGGGUCCUCAACGAAACCUUGAGAUUGUAUCCCGCCGUGCCAGUCAACUCGCGGACGGCGAAUAAAGACACCUAUAUCCCAGUUGGCGGUGGCCCGGACGGCACACACCCUAUUUUUGUUCCCCAGGGACAGGAGGUGAUAUACAGCGUAUACAGCAUGCAUCGUCUACCGGCAGUAUUUGGACAGGACGCGACGGAAUAUCGUCCGGAAAGAUGGGCCAGUCUGAAGCCAGGAUGGGCUUAUAUCCCAUUCAAUGGCGGGCCAAGGAUCUGUCUGGGCCAGCAGUUUGCCUUAACAGAAGCCAGCUAUACCAUCAUGCGUAUUCUUCGGCGAUUUAAGAGCAUUGAAUAUCGAGACGAGCAGCCUUUCAAGGAGGCCCUGACGCUGACUCUGGCGAGCAAGAACGGGACGAAGGUGUGUCUGACACCAGUAUAG